UAACAAAAUUUAAUAGUUUCAGGUUACUUAAUGUAGAUUUAAUAAGGACUGUAUAUUUUAUGAAAUCUUAGAACGCACUUCUUAGAUGCAGUGUUCUCCUGUUUUGCUCAUUUUCACUUCACGAGUCUCGACAUUGUGGCCUAGGUUGUCGAUUCAGAUAAAUUAUUUUCAUUUAGAGAGACUCAUUUAGGAGCUCUCUUGUUCUUUUCGUCAUUUCUGCUAGUCCACUCUGAUUGGCCUCAACCUCAGCCUCCACAUCUGCGUUCCAUACCAGAUACUUAAAUUGUGCUACUUUCGGGACUGGUGUUUCAUUAGGGUGAUAAAUGUGGUAGUCUUGAUCAAAACCGAGUGCUCCAUCUUUGACCUGCUCAUCUUAAGUCUAUUAAGGGAGGACAGUAUUAGAUCUGCGGCGAGCAAUGAAUGCCACCAGUUUUUGAAGUCUGCUUAGUAUACCUUGAAACUGCAUUAUCUCCCAGUGUCACUAAACUAUGUCACGGCGCUUCUAUUAGUAGCGCAAUUUGGUACCAGUCAUUAAAUUUAUGGCUCAACAUGAAUGUAAUUAGUUCUCAUUAUGUGAUAAAAUGAAGCUAGAAGCUGUCGAAUAUUUUCUAAGGUAAGGACGGAAAAAUCUUAAAAAGCUAAUUAAAUCACAAUUCAAUAUUGAUUCUCCAUAUUGAAAUAAAAUCAUAAUAAUACUCCCCAAAGAAUUAAUAUCAUUAAUUUUUGGAAAUCCUAGAAUUUAACUCGAAUUUUCCGGCGCCGUCUCGACAUGAAACUAAGAAGUAGGCGCCAGAAUGACGCCGAGGGGUUCAUUUCCUCACGCAAUAACCCCAAUUUUGCGUUUCUAGUUCCAUUCGAAACAUUUUCUUUGUUCGCAACGAAAUAUCAGAAAAUUGCGAUUAAUCAAAAGUAUAUUUGAGUUUAACACUUUAAUUUGCUGAUAAUGAGGCUUAAUUUAAUGUUGGAAGAUUAAAUUUUAAAGUAUGCAAUAACAUGUUGGAAACCAAUUUGAAAAGUAACUCGUCUCGCGCUAUCGAUUGUGUGUAGGUAGGCUUUUCCCUACUCGCAUUUGGGGAAACACAGCCCGUAGAGUUCAGUGCGCUCCCGGCUUCUGAACGUAAAGGGUUGCUUCACUUCUUAUCAUCCCUUAAAGAUAUUCCUUUUAUUAUAUUUCAAGUCGUUACUAAAAUUUACAGCGUGGGUGGACGCGGUGAUUUUUGUUUUCAGCCUUGAAAAUGAAUCGUCCUUCAACGCAAUAUACCAGUAUUACUCGAAAAUGUCCCAUUAUAGGAACGCAACGGAGAUACCUGUGAUACUAGUUGGAACCCAAGACGGUAUUAGUGAGAGUAACCCACGAGUAAUCGAUGAUAACCGAGCAAGAAAACUAGCAAACGACCUGAAAAAGUGUCCCUACUACGAAACUUGCGCAACCUACGGAUUGAACGUGGAGCGCGUCUUCCAAGACGCUUGCCAAAAAAUAGUUCAACAAAGGUUAUCAACCCCCGGUGGAAUUUCAUUAACACCAACAAAUUCAAGACCAUCAACCCCUAAUCAUUUUUAUCAACAAGGACCAAUGACCGCCCCGCGCCAACACCACCAAAUGUCCCAACAAAACCCAACGAACGGGUUUUGCCAGCGAGAAUCCCCAUCUUCAGGAGGAAACCACAUGUCUAGUCCUAGUCAUCAUAAUAAUCACACACUUUCCCAUAAAGACUCGAUGAGUUUGGGUCAAUUAAACUCAUCGCGACAAGUCCAUACUUUAUCUUCGUCCAGUCAUCACCUUCAUCGACAACAAUCCGAAAAAGAAACGAUAAUAUUUCGAAAUAACGACGAUGUGAAGUGGAAUUCGUCGAGUUCGACUUUAGGUAGUCACGGAUCGAAUUCGCAAUUAGUUGAAAAUAACAAUUUGGCUAAAUUUGCUGUUCCUCAUCCUGUUGAUAAUCAGCUUCUUCAAAUUCAGCCCCAAUCCAAAGAAAAAGAAAAAGAUUUGCCGACGCCGAGUUCAACGCCGACGACUUCAAGAAAAAAUCGAAGAAGAUCGAAUAUUUUUACGGCAAAAAAAGGUGAUGAUAAAUUAAAAAAUGGCGGGGAUAUCGGUAGCGGAAGAGCGAUACCAUUAAAACAAGGUUAUUUAUACAAACGAAGUAAUAAGCCAUUAAAUAAAGAAUGGAAAAAGAAAUAUGUAACUCUUUGCGAUGACGGUCGAUUAACCUACCAUCCAAGUUUACACGAUUACAUGGACGACGUUCAUGGAAAAGAAAUUUCAUUGCAAUACGUGACUGUUAAAGUUCCCGGACAGAAACCGCGCGGAUCAAAAUCUAUAAUUACAGUGGCCGGAAGUAACGGAAUAACUAGUAAUAACACAAUUAAUGAUGGCAUAGGUGGAUUAUCGUUGUCGUCAUCUUCGUCUUCGGCGGGGAAAGAUCAUCGAAGGAAUGUCGCCGGGACGGUUACCGAGAAGGUUUUAUUGACCGCGUUUGAUGUGGUUAAGGAGCCCGGAAGUAAACACGCCACUCACGGAAGUGGCGAUGACGCAAUGGUUUUAUCGAGUAGCAAUUCGUUUUUGAAUGGGGACGGUGGUGGUGGUAAAAGUGAAACUCCAAAUGUUAAGAAAAGACAUCGGAGGAUGAAGAGUAGUGGAGUUAAAAAUUCUGAAUAUGAUGAUUCAGACGUAUACGAAUUUUAUAUUGUCUCAUUAGAUAAUAAACAAUGGCAUUUUGAGGCGUCAAAUUCAGACGAAAGAGACGGUUGGGUAGCCGCUAUUGAACAACAAAUACUAAAUUCUUUGCAACUAAACGAAUCUUCAAAAGCUAGAAAAUUAAAUAAUCCCGGCGAGGCGUCGACGAUACAAAGGAUACGAUCGGGGGUUCCCGGAAACGAUGUUUGCGUCGAUUGUGAUGCUCCAAAUCCAGAUUGGGCAAGUUUAAAUUUAGGUGUUUUGAUGUGUAUUGAAUGUUCUGGAAUUCAUCGAAAUUUAGGGUCACAUAUUUCAAGGGUUCGAUCGUUAGAUCUGGAUGAUUGGUCUCCUGGGCAAUUAAGCGUGAUGUUAGCGAUAGGCAACAACAUCGCAAAUUCCGUGUUUGAAAGUCGCAUUCAAAACCAUACAAAACCCACAAAAACAUCUAGUCAUGAAGAAAAAGAACGAUGGAUUCGAGCGAAAUACGAAAACAAAGAAUUUCUCCCUUUAAUCUCAUCAAAUUCUUCAAUGCCAUUAGAACAACAAUUAAUUGAUAGCGUUUGUAGCUCAAACAUACGCCAAAUUAUACUUGUUUUAGCUCAAGCAACUAUUGAACAAGUUAACACAACCGUUAAUGGAGGGAAAGAUUUACGAACUGCGCUGCAUUUAGCGUGUAUGUUAGGAAACUUAGCUGUUGUUCAGUUAUUAAUUUGGCAUAAUGCGAACGUGAAGGCUCAAGAUGAAGAGGGUAAAACGUGUUUGUGGUAUGCUAAAGCUGGUUUGAGUAAACAUGGAGGUGGUGGCGAUUGGAAGAAUUUAGUUGAUUUAUUGGUUUCUUAUGGUUGUCCGGAUUUAGGGGCGAAUAAUAGUAGUGGAACGUUACCGAGAAGACGUGGAAGUCAAACGAGUGUUAUUUAAGAAAAAAUUGAGAAAGAUAAAAUAAGAAAUUGAUUGUGCAAUAACUUUUUAUUUCUAAUCUAAGUGUACCCCAAAAGAAAUCGAAUAAGAUUUUUUUAAAAUAUGAUGAUAAUAAGAUAACAAUCAAUCACACUUUGAUACCUAAAUGAUGAUAUUUUAGAGCACUAUGUGUACUUAAUUCACACGCCACUGAUGUCGAUGAGGAUAUGAUGUCAAUUUUGCACUUGGAAAGUGUUAAAGCGCCUUUUUUUGGAACACUUUGUAUAAUGUGGUUUUGUAACGUUUGUACCUUGAUGUGUAUUUAUUUAUUGAUUAAGAAUCAGCCCCUGAGGAUCCACGUUUAAAUUAUUUUGAUUUUUUUAAAAGAUUGGUAUAUUUUUUUUCGUUCGUUUUUAAUAAUUAUAAUUAAUUGUACGAUUAUUAUCUUUAUGUAUAUAUUUUCGCCAAAGAGAUACAAAAAAGUAUGAAUACAUGUUGUUUUGUAAAUAUAUUAUUAUACCACGAAAUAUGGAUUCGGAAAUGAGAAAUGCGUGGCCGCUGUGUACAGAAAUUAUAUAUGUUGUUCUUCCUUAAAUAAAAAAAAAAACAAAAAAUGUUAACUAAAAAUAAA